AUGCAGGCCAUCCGAUCCUCUCUCCGCGCCCGCGCCGCCGUUGCAUCUGCUCGACCCUUCAGCACAACUCCCUUCCGCUCCAUCGCACGCAUCAUCGUCACCGGUCGUUUAGGUUCUGAGCCUGAGCUCUCGGCCACUUCCACGGGUCAAGAUGUCGUCAAGUACGUUGUCGGAACUUCAUAUGGUCCCAAGGACAACCGUCAGACGAGCUGGUUCCGUAUUUCGAGCUUCCAGCCCGAGGGUCCCAGCCGCGACCAUCUCUUGAGUCUUCAGAAGGGGACCCUAGUCUACGUCGAAGGCGAUGCUAGUCUGCGUCUCUACGAAGACGCCGAGGGGAGGAAACAGUCCAGCUUGAACAUUGUGCAACGAACACUUGAAGUCCUCAAGCGCCCCUCUACCAGCAAUGAUGCCGGCAGUGAGGGAACUCAGUAA